AUGUUGAAUUACUUUAAAAUGAAGGAUCAACUGCGGAGCGAUACCAGUUCUUUGGAUGGUAAGAUCGGCGCUGACUUUCGACAGCAGGCCGUGUGUGAGGGCUGCGCGCAGAUCAUUUCAGACCGUUUCCUGAUGAGGGUCAGUGGCGCGUCCUGGCACCAGAAGUGCCUUCAGUGCGCUGCGUGCCAGCAACCGCUCACCGACACCUGCUACUUCAGAGACACAAAGCCGUACUGCAAGAGCGACUACCAACAGUUGUUUGCUGUGGAAUGCAGCAACUGUCUUGGAAAGAUAGCGCCCACAGAGUUUGUUAUGCGAGCUCUGGACAGUGUUUACCAUCUCAGCUGCUUCUGCUGCUGUGUCUGCCAGCGCCAGCUGUGUAAAGGAGAUGAAUUUGUACUGAAAGAAGGUCAGCUGCUGUGCAAGACUGACUAUGAGAGAGAGAGGGCCCUGCUCAGUACACUCAGUCCAGACAUCACAGACUCAGAUAAGAGUGAGGAUGAGGAUGAGGAUGUGAAAUCAGAAAAAAUCCUAUCAGUCAGGAAAUGGAGCAGUGACAGCAAAGAACCCCUAAGGCCCAAACGCCCACGCACCAUCCUAACCACCCCGCAGCAGAGAGCCUUUAAGGCCUCUUUUGAGGUUUCUUCCAAACCCUGCAGAAAGGUAAGAGAGACCCUGGCUGCAGAGACUGGACUUAGUGUUCGUGUGGUCCAAGUCUGGUUCCAGAACCAGAGAGCAAAGAUGAAGAAGUUAGCCCGCAGACAACAGCAACAGCAGGAGCAACACAACAGCCAAAGGCUAGGCCAAGGUAUUGACUUCAUCCAUGACAUUGACAGUGAGACCUCUCUGACAAGUCUAAAUGAUUGCUUCAUGGCCACUCCAGAUGAAGCCUCUUUACAUGAAAGGGUGGGGAACACCAUUGACUGUCUUUACUCCAUGCAAAGCUCAUACUUCUUAAGACACAUCAUUAGUUUCAGUCCUUCUCAGCCCACCAUACCUCCUACCAGGCUGUGGACGGUAAAUGGGAACCAUGAAGAGGCUGCUAGAAAAGCUGCAACCACCAAGUACCUGCAGAGGGUCAGGCAAGUACUGAGAAGUAAGCUGAACGGUAAGAACAAGAUCCGGGCUAUCAACACCUACGCCCUGCCCGUGAUCAGCAACAUCAGAAAGAAGGAACACGAGAAGCUGGAGAAAUACCAAGGACUCAGAGAAGAGCUCGAGAAAAUAUGGAAGGUGAAGGUAACAGUGGUCCCAGUGGUAAUCGGAGCACUAGGUGCGGUGACUCCCAAACUAGGCGGGUGGCUCAAGCAGAUCCCAGGAACAACAUCUGAGAUCUCUGUCCAGAAGAGUGCAGUCCUAGGAACAGCUAAGGACCCUCAAGCUCCCAGGCCUCUGGUAGAGGACCCGAGCUUGAAGGACUGA